UAGAGUCCACGGCUGGCUUGAACAGCUCACAGCGAGCUUACCUCUCGUUAACUCAGUAAGGACGUUUUUACUAGAUGUAUAUUUCUGACAAUGGAUGUUACGAGUAGAAGCCUCACACUAUUUUUUAUAACAUUGGCCUCACUUUGUCAUGCUGAAAACAACUUUCUAUUAACAUUGCCUAAAGCUAUUUACGCUGGAAGUAAAACAGAGUUUUGUCUGACAGCUUACAACGACAUCAAAGUGACAAUAGAUUUCAUAAGUUUAAGAAAUGUACAAGACACGCCUGUUCAAAUUGAAGAUAGCUACUCUAGGGGCGAACAAAAAUGCACAAAUUUCCAAGCUCCACCACAAGGGGAAUACAGGCUCGAGGUGACCACACAAUCCACAGAACCCGGGGCAGUUAGUGAACUUCACAACUCAACAAAAGUCACUGUUCAUGGCAGCAAACUGAUCACUUUUAUUCAGACUGACAAACCCAUGUACAAGCCAGGUCAGAAAGUGAUGUUCCGUGUCUUUACUUUGAUGAGGAAUCUCAAACCAAGAACAGAAAAUAUAAAAAGUAUUUAUGUCUUGGAUCCGAAUGAUGUUCGAGUAAAGCAAUUCUUGGAUGUUGAGCAAAAAGGCAUUGGCAGUUUUGAGUUUCAGCUCAUAGAAGAAGCCAAACUAGGGCCAUGGAAAAUUGAAGUAUAUUUAGAUGAUGAGGAUGAAGUCAGACAGCGAGCAACUGUUCAAGAAUUUGAAGUCAAAGAAUAUGUGCUGCCUAGGUUUGAAGUGCUGAUAACUGCACCAAAUAACAUUUUGAUUACUGAUAAGAAUAUCAAAGGCAAAGUAUGCGCUCAAUAUACAUAUGGCAAGCCAGUGAGUGGGUUUGUUCAUAUAGAGCUGAAGACAUCCACUAACUUGUACAGAUAUUCACCUUCAGAUAGCCAAGAACAAGUUAAGCAGAUCUCUGGUUGUUAUGAAUUCUCAUUUGACAUACCUGUUGAAAAACACUACACACUUUACUCAUAUAAACUGAAUGUUACAGUCACAGAAAAAGGCACUGGAGUUGUUGUUAAUAAUGUCUUUGAUGGACCGAAAAUAACAUAUGAACCACUGACAAUAGAAAUUGAAGAUUUUACUAAGGGUUUUUUUAAACCAGGAUUACCUUAUUAUGGAAAAGUAACAGUGAAAAAAAUUGAUGGAUCUCCUGCAGAGGGAGAGAAAAUUAUAGUUAGUACUCAGAAUGAAUUUCUGUACGCUGGAGAGUUUAUCACAGAUAGCAAUGGCACAUUCCUCUUCAGCCUGUGUGAAGGACUGACAAACAACAGAUCAUCUGUGCAGAUCUCAGCUGAGGCUCUGGGUUACAACUCUAGCCGUUACAUUACCCGAGGCUUUAAAACUAUUCAGCAGUGGUACUCUCCUUCACGCAGUUAUGUGCAAAUACCACCUGCAGAGGCACAGCUCAAAUGUUCCGGUAAAGUGUCUUUGACUGUUCCUUUUACCACUAAAGAGAACUCUUUGGUACAAUUUUACUACCAGGUGAUUGCUAGAGGAAAUCUGGUCAAGUCUGGUCACAUAAUACACAGUGGUGAAUCAACUUAUGAUGACACUGCUCAGUCUCAGAGCAAAUGUCUCAGACAGUUGUCAGAAGAAGAAAGAAAUGAAACCCUUGGGUCAAUUCAUUAUUACAGACCUUCAAGGGGAUAUUACCAAGGAUCUCAUGAUGACACAUUUCUGAAAGAGGUUGUAACUUCUGACUUCCAAGCUGAUAAAGUAUCCUUCUUUGUUCUUGAACUGGACGUUGUACCUGUGAUGUCUCCCCAGUUUAAUGUACUAGUCUAUCACAUCCUCCCUGAUGGGGAAGUAGUGGCUGAUGGUAGGGACUUCAGUGUUCAGCCAUGCUUUGAGAAUCAGGUAGAGAUGACCUUCAGCAAGACUACUGUAGCACCAGGAGAGAAAGUGGAUGUCUUCAUAGGGGCUCAGCCUGCUUCCAUCUGUGGGCUAGGGGUUGUGGACAAGAGCAUCAACCUACUGGGAGGAAACCAUCAAGUGACCCCAGAGAUGGUGUUUAAAAAAAUUGAAGAGUUUAACUUGGUUCCUCCUCCCGGGGCUGAUGAAUACUUCAACAAUAAGGAUUACCGGUACUGUAUGAAAAAUGUGAAAUCUACUUCUGAAGGUCAAGAUCAUGAAGAUUAUUUUUGGAUACAUUCAAGUCCAUUUGUUGAUGCACUUCAGGCCUUUGAAGCAUCUGGUUUCACAGUGGUUACGGAUUUAAAAUUAGAGACAAGACCCUGUAGUCGUAGGCCACAAGUAUUUUAUGCAGGUAAAAGACAAAAAAAACUCCAAUCCAACAUCAAGUGUCCAAAGGGAGACUUGUGUAGUAUGUUCAGUAAACUAGCAGCAGCUCACAACAUUCUUAUAUAUCUUAAUGCUAAAUCCCUAGUAAGGGGUACGAUGGAAGAAUGGGAAAAAGCUGUCCGUGAGAUCUUCCCAGAAACUUGGCUUUGGGACAUCAGUGUAGUUGGGGAUUCAGGGGCAGUAACCCUCCAUGAGACAGCCCCUGACACUAUCACCAGCUGGAUCGGGAAUGUCCUGUGUGUGCAUCCAGAAACAGGAUUUGGUGCAUCACCAGUGACAUCCCUGAGAACCUUCCAGCCUUUCUUCCUGUCCCUCCAGUUGCCCUAUGCUGCAGUCAGAGGGGAGAAAUUACCCAUUAUGCUCACUGUAUACAAUUAUUUGGAGAAGUGUCUGCAUAUAAAAAUGGCGUUAGAUAUGGAGAAAAACUUUGCGGUGGAUAAAAAUGAGCUUCUUAAAGAACCAGUCUGUGUUUGUGGUGGCAAGUCUCAUACUGUGAAAAUAUAUGUCACACCCAAAGGCCUGGGCUAUCUGCCCAUUAUAGCAAAGGCAGAGAUCAUCCCUGGACUUUGUAGCAACACCAUUGAUGUGGACACUCAAUACAUUGGACUGUCUGAUGCUGUGAAGAGACAAAUGUUUGUUAAGGCUGAGGGAAUUGAGCAGGUGAACACAAAUACAAUGUUUGUUUGUUCUAAAGUGGACAAUCCCAAGCAGGAGGAGCUAGUCUUGUCUGUACCAUCAGAUGAAGAGAUUGUCAAGGAUUCCAUCAGAGGGGAGCUCAAAGUCAUAGGUGAUAUCAUGGGACCAGCACUGACCAAUCUAGACCGUCUGGUCAAACUACCAACUGGCUGUGGCGAACAGAAUAUGGUUGGCUUUGUGCCCAACAUUUUUGCUUUGAAAUAUUUAACAGAGACUAGGAGAAUUACAGAUGAGAUCAAAUCAAAGGCUCUAAAGUUCAUGGAAGUUGGAUACCAAAGGGAAUUAACAUUUCGACAUAAAGAUGGUUCGUACAGUGCUUUUGGAGACAAGGAUCCUCAGGGCAGCAUCUGGUUGACUGCCUUUGUGGUGAAAUCCUAUGCUCAGGCCCAGCCUUACAUAUACAUUGAUGAGAAGGAUCUCCAAGUCAGCCUUAAGUACCUCCAUCUGAACCAGCUUGAGACUGGCUGCUACAGGGAAACUGGUAGAGUCUUGGGCUCCUACAUGAUGGGAGGUUUGAAAGGUGACAACAAGGAGGAAGAGUCAUUCACUGCCCUAACUGCUUAUGUGGUGAUAGCUUUAUUGACUGCAGGAGUUAAUUCUUCUCAACCAGGUAUAUAUGGAGCAAUGGAAUGCAUCAAUGCUGAUUUUGACAGUCUGAGGGAACAAAUGGAUCCUUAUGCUUUAGCACUGGUAGCUUAUGCCAAUGCCCUCUAUGCCCCAUCCAGUCACAGAACUUCUGAAAUUAUUGCAGCACUAGAGGCUGUGGCAAGAACAGAAGGAGACUUCAAAUACUGGGCCAGAAAAGAUUUUCAACCUAAAGUCAGUAACUCUUGGUACACAUACUCAAUGCCUUCAGCUGAAGUUGAGAUGACAGCUUAUGUCUUGCUGACCUAUAUUAAACUCUUUGGGCCCAGGGCAGUGGAAAGGACUCAUAACAUAGCUAUGUGGCUUUCAAAACAAAGAAGUCCCUAUGGUGGCUUUUCAUCCACUCAGGACACAGUGGUAGGUCUGAAUGCUCUGUCAGAAUAUUCAAGGCUGGCCUUCAAUGGAGGGAAAACUGAAUUGAAAGUCUCUAUCACUGGUUCAAAACUGAAGCAGACAUUCAGUCUGUCACAGAAGAAGAAGACAACAUUACUACUCCAUAGAGCCUCUAUCCCUGUUCUCCCCAAUCAAAUUUCACUCAUCUCAGAAGGUGAAGGCUGUGCACUAGUUCAGUUUAGUGUUUUCUAUAACAAACUGUCUAAAGAGUUUAAAGACAAAUCUAGCUUUCAUUUGGAAGUAAACCCAAGUCACUAUAAACCCAACAAAGACAAAUGUGAUCACAGAUCAAUCGUCAUAAGUGCAGGCACAAAAGGCAAAGCAAGAGAAACAUCUGGCAUGGUGUUGAUUGAGUUGAAGCUUGUCACUGGAUGGACACCACUCCCAGAGUCAUUGACCAAGAUCCAGUUAAGAUUUGUGGACAUCAAGAAAAUAGAAUACAACGAAAAUGAAGGUCUUAUUGCCUUUUAUUUUGAUCAGUUGAGUGGAAAGCCGAUUGAGUUUACUUUAGAUGUGAAACAAGACUUAGAAUUAGGAGUUUCAAAUCCCAAACCAGCUGAUGUGAAGGUAUACUACUAUUAUGAGAAAGAUGUGUUUAAAGUACAGUCAUACAAAAUCAAGACUACUUGUGGAACUAAAGAGGAAAUACCUCACAAAAACACAGACCCUGAAUUUGGACCUGAAGGUCCUAAUCAAGUUAGAAUCAAUCCUGGCAUAGAUGCACCUUUUACAAUGAGUUCCGAUGGUUGCCCAGUAUGCAUUCCAGUUUCUGUAUUACCACUUAAUUUUAAAGAUUUGAUCUGCAGAUCUAGUGCCGUCUACAAAGUUGCCAUCAUGAAAGGCAAAACUGUGAAACUCCUACAAGACUUACGCCCACCCAGCCUAGUGAAGAAGAUCAAUAUUGUUGUGGAGCUGGAACUCCCUCCUGGAUGUACCUGUGGUCUGCUUACCAAUCAAGGUAAAAAGGCUCUCCUGUUAGUAAAGAAACCAAUCACAGCUGACUCGACACUUGUCAAGCUUGAUAACACUUCAGUGAUCACCUUAGAUGACAAAAAGUUCACCAAGACCACCAGAAACACACAGAAAACUUGUCCCUUGAAAAAAUUAGAGGAGAAAAAAAAGAAGCAUGAGAAAAGUUGAACUGUCCAGCAACACUUGAAAUGAAUUUAACCCCAAAAAAUUGUAUCCAGUUAAAUUAUAAUUUAGAGAAUCAUGUUUCUUAUUUUUUUAGAUACAUAUACUUGUAUAAUCUUUAUGGUGCUUAUAAUAUUUGUAGAAAAUGACAAGCUGGCUAUAAAACAAAUAUCAGAGUUCUAUCAGUUGUUAUUACUUGCAAUAGAAUUUUUUUUGUCAUUACUUCUUUGCCUUGAAGAAUCCUUGUUGGUGUUUCGAUAGAUCACUAAUGUUGGACAUGCCAGGCAUUACAGGCAGUUCAAUCAAAGUGAUCUAAUAGAAGUCCUGCUGUGUUCUGCUCUUAGCCAUGCUUCCCUUCCCAAUGUUUGAACUCAUGCCACUAUUUGUCAUUAGAUCAGGUCUGAGACUUCUGGAGUUCCUUGUGUUUCAUCAAUUAACAUGACAGCAAGCCAUUGUCUAGUGGCAUGUAUACAGCAAGCCACAUUGUCUAGUGGCAUGUAUAUAUACAAUGUAAUUGAAAAUUACUGUAAUAUUUAGACUUUAAAAUAAAAUUUCAUUUUGUUUGUUUUGUUGUAAAGUUAUAUAAGGAAUAGGGUAGAAGCACACAAGAGAAAUAGGAUAAAGCACACACCCAAAAUACAUUUCUUAGUUCAGAUCUCAUCUUUGAUGGGUUAUUCAGUAAGAUAAAUAGUGAAUAAAUUGUUGAUUUUUGUUUCAUAAUUUGUUUUAAAGAUAACAUUUCCUUCCUUGUGUAAACAAAUAGAAACCAAUUAAACACCCAGCCCUUGUAAAGUUUGAAUAACCUGCCCAUGGUUAUUACCUGUCAAGGCUUAUGAUUGUAAUUACUUUAAGAUUUAACAUCAGUAUUGAGAUUUAGUGAUUGUAUCAGUUAAGAUAUAUACCUUAUAGACAGACUAAACCUAAUUCAAAAUAUCAAAACAGAAAUUCAAAUUUCCUAGUAAUGUCUGAUAAAAGAUUCAUCCUCAAUGAUGUUCAUUAGAAUGCACAAAUAUUUUAUUAGACUGGACAUGCACAACACUGCACACAAAAUCUCUAGAGUCAUUAGUUUAUGAAAGCUCUGGGAAUGGUCAAAACUUUGUCCCUCACAUUUGGUUCACUCAUUAAACAUGUAACAAUGUAUUGGUGUGUGUGUGAUUAGAAUUUCAACUUGUAAAUAAAUAAAAAAACAAAACAACUGAGCUCAUGUUUGUAACAAAUAGAUUGUAAUUAAAUCAAACCAUUUCUAACUUC